AUGGGAAACGCCUGCGAAUGCCAAAAGGUCGAUACCGUCCACGAGGACGUCUCCACGACGCUUCCGGGCCCGAAGCUGCGAAAGGGCCAGUCAGACAGCUCGGCGGCGAUCGGUACGAAGGGCGCCGACUCCAACUCCUCCACCGUCGUCCCGCAGUUGACAGAAGACGAUCUAGACACCGAGGACGAAAAGGACGACGACGUCGUUGAGGACAUGCCCCAGCCGAGCGAGAGCUACAUGUCGCGCGCGAAGAAUCGCCAGUCGGUCAGCGCAGAGGCUUACGGCGAAUGGAACAAGCGCAAGAAGUUCGUCGCCCCUGUCUACCCCAAGACGGAGGAGCAGAAGGAACGCAUCACCAAAGUUAUCGAGAGCUCUUUCCUCUUCAGCUCGCUGGACGUCGAGGACUUGGAGACUGUGAUCAACGCCUUCCAGGAGGUUGAAGUGAAGAAAAGCACGGUAAUCAUCCGCCAGGGCGACGAUGGCGACCGCUUGUAUCUGAUUGAGACCGGCGAGGUGGACGUCAUGAAGAAGUUCCCUGGAGAGAAGGAAGACAAGUUCCUCUGCAAGAUGAAGCCGGGCGACGCCUUUGGCGAACUCGCGCUCAUGUACAACGCGCCUCGUGCCGCGACCGUCAUUGCCGCCGACGACAUGCAACUCUGGGCUCUCGAUCGGGACUCUUUCACCAACAUCGUCCGCGAUGCCGCCGCGAAGAAGAGAGAAAUCUUUGAAGAGUCCCUCAAGGAGGUGAGUAUCCUGAAGGACAUGGAUCCGUACGAGCGAUCGAAGCUGUCGGAUGCGCUCAAGACCGCGACGUAUGAGGACGGCGAUGUGAUCAUCAAGGAGGGCGAGACGGGAGACACGUUCUACUUGUUGCUGGAGGGCGAGGCGGAGGCGAUCAAGAACGAACAAGUCGUGAUGAAGUAUACCAAGGGCGGCUUCUUCGGUGAGCUGGCGCUGCUCAAGGACCAGCCGCGCGCGGCGACGGUGGUGGCGAAGAGCCAUGUGCAGGUCGCGUACAUGGAUCGGAAGAGCUUCAAGCGCCUGCUCGGCCCUGUCGAGCAGAUCCUCAUGCGGAACCAAGAAAACUACCGCAAAGCCAUGCAGCAACUCGGCCUCGACACAAAAUACCUCGACAAAUAA